AUGACGAUAUCAGCGUUUAGAGGAGAAAAACGACGUCGUUCCGAAGUGCCCGCCGCCGUGCUGUGGGUCUACCAGUCGGCGGUGCUGAUCUUUACGGGUAUUCUCACAUUAAUGGGAAGAGUAUUACCGGAGGGCGAUGAGGUGUUGGUGUCUUGCUUUGCGGCGGCUUCCCAUGGGGAUCAAAGGAGAGGUCAGCUCGAUGGCCGAAUGGCAACUCGAGACGGCGGCUCAACAGCUACCGGAUUCUUGGCCCUAGCUGCUGUGACAGCUCGUGCUCAUUCGAUCAGCCGGCAGGGAACACUGGAAUUUCCGCAGUACUCCCCGUUACAGUCUGAAGCCCACGGUCUCGACACGGAAAUUAUUGAUAUCAGAAAAUCACUG